AUGAAUACUUGUUCUGAAUCAGGGCCACCACAUGAAGCCCUUUUCUUUGUUUUAGCUUUUCUUCCCGUUUUUGAGCUUGUCUCCAUGAGUCAAGUCUGCAAAUCACUUAGGGAUGCUGUAAACAAUGACAUAUUACCAUGGAUUAACGUAGUAGUCGAACCGCCUUUGAACACGCGUCUUUCAGACGAUAUUCUGAUGAAAAUUACGUCGAAAGUGAAUGGCCAGCUAAGGGUUCUUGCUCUGAAAAACUGUGUGAAAGUUACAGAUGAUGGACUUCUAAAGGUUGUAGAGGAAAAUCCUUUGAUCUCCAAGCUUUACAGCCCAGGUUGCACAAGCUUAACACCAAAGGGAUUGAUUAAAGCAGUGAAGUUGCUAACAAAAAACAACCAUAGACUAAAGAGCCUAAAAAUCACUGGCAUCUACAACAUGAAGAAAGAAGACCUUGACACGCUUCACAACUUACUAGAUUUGAACCAAGCACAGCAGAAGAAAGGAAAGAUUUUAUAUCAUGAGCACAAGAAAUGCUCGAGCUUUAAACAUGAAGAAACGGAUUGUCCAAUAGAUGUAAAUGUCUGUCCCAAGUGUUAUGAAGUAGGAAUGGUUUUCGACUGCCCUGGAGUUUUCUGUCCGAGGAAGAAGCAGCAUCAGACAAUUGAAUGUAGGGGAUGCUACCACUGCAUUCCGAGGUGUGAUGAGUGUGGCAUAUGUAUUACGGGUCAAGAACUCGCAGAGGCAGCAUGGGCUGGCGCGUUGUGUUUAGAGUGUUGGCUGCAGCUCCCGAAGUGCAAUUUCAAUAACAAGCCGCAGUUUAACCAACAAGCCCAUCAGGGCUGCAGAUUUUCAAGCUCUUCUGGUUUUGUCUGCACUGCUUGUCAUGCGAAGUUCUAA